CAGCAGUUCUGUCCACGGUACAAUAACUAUUGCAUAAAAUAAAAGCCUCUCGUCUGAAACUUCAGCAUUUGGCUUCGCGGCUUGUCUUUCGUUCCGACCACCGAAGUUAACCAAAGGAAGUGCUUACUCAGAAAUGCAACAGCAAGUCGUUCUUCACUUCUUUGACUCUAUUAUCCAUUUCCUGCGCAUGUACCUUUUCAUGUACCGGGAAAUGUAUGUUUCUUCCUCUUGCUUAACAUCGAAGACUAAAGCAGUCAAAUUCGGUUGACAAGGGAAAACGUCUUACAUGCACUCGCAAUGAAGUUCUCGGUGUUCUCUCCGCUUAGACCCUUUUUAUUGAUUUCACUGGGGUUAUUUCUGCUUUGCGAGGCCAAAGUGAACACUGAGAUACAGACCGGGCCCCUGUAUCGUGUGGUUGGCUCUCUGCUCUCCAUCUCCUGCAAUACAAGUGGAUUUUCCAACCCCAAUUUAAAGAAAGAUUUUAAGAUCCUCAUGAAAAAUCCUGCAAAGCCCUUUCACGAAAUUAAUAUCAUAAGCUCUGAAGACCCGAACUUUAGCUAUGCUCGUUUUUUUCCUCGUAUACAAAAAAAUGAGAUUUCUAUGAAACAUGUUGAUUCAAACUCAAUCAUAUUUGAAAUAAAAAACCUAAAGAAGGAGGAUGAAGGGGAAUACGAAUGCGCCGUAGUCAACCCAGAAUAUACUUUCAAUGGAAUCUAUUCUGCAAAGACAGUUGUGAAAGUGAUUGACGAUUCCCUUAGCAUUACAUCCAGUGGCUCCCCCACCUCACUGAGCUAUAACGAAGGGGAAGCUCUUUCUUUGACAUGCCAAGCCUCCACCAACACCAUCCAGCACGUCCAUCUGGCAUUCGCCUGGUACCUCCGUAAAGAAGGGGCACAAGACGCUAAACCGAUUAUUUCUUUGGACAGAGAUUUCACACUGGUUCCAGGUGAGGGUUUUGAGCAGCGCUAUAGAGAUGAAGCCAUUAGAUUAGACAAAUUAGAUGAGGCCACCUACAGGCUUAAUAUUGCUGAGCUUGAGCAGUCAGACCAGGGUCAGAUCUACUGCCAAGCUCAGGAGUGGAUCCAAGAUCCUGAUCGUUCCUGGUACAAGAUUUCUCAGAAGGAUGCAGAGGAAAUUCCCCUCACAGUCAAAGCCAAAGUGGUGACAAGCAUGUCACCACAAGUGAGUCUUUCGGCAAAGAAUGCACUCCAUGAGGGGCAGGAGCUGUUGCUGUCUUGUGGCAUAAAUGCACAAAACCUUGCAAAACGGUUCUUCUCCGUAGCAUGGCUCUGGGAAGGAAAUGAGUUGGCCAAAAUCGGGCCCACAGGCAUUCUGACUGUAAGGCAAGAGUAUAUCGACAGAGAGAGAAUUGGGGAGCUAAAAGCCACGCGAACAGGAAAUAAUAACUACCAACUCAGGAUAAUGCCAGUGAAAACUACAGAUAAAGGGAGUUACAGCUGCAGGGCAUGGCCAGAAGAGAGAGGGGAAGAUGGAAACUUUAAUCAAGGAGCAGCUCAAGACUCCCAAGCCAUGGCCAUUGACAUCUUUACUCCAGAAAGUGGAUUCUCCGUCAAGAUGCAAAAUGUGAGGCAAACUGUUUCCCCAGGACAGAAUUUAAAGCUCAUCUGUGACGCUGAUGGGGUCAAAGGUCAGCUUUCUGUCACGUGGAACCGCAAAACGCUUCCCACGUCAUCUUUGUUUGCCACCAUCGUCAGUCUAAAUAAGAAUGGUGUCACAGAGAAAGCUGGCGCUUUUGCAAGUCGUGAGGUGAGAGUGACGCGUCCGACGAUGAACAGAUUUGUCUUCGAGCUGCCUGAUGUUGCAGAAUCUGAUUCGGGUACCUAUGAGUGCAUUGUCUCUGAAACACAACCCAAUGGCAGAACUGAAAGCCAGAAGCAAAAUGUCGACAUCACUGUGCAAUCUAUUGAUUCAUUGGUAAAGGUGGCACUGAGAAGCCGAGAGCCUGUGGUGACCAUGGGAAAUGAUGUACAAUUAAUGUGCAAAAUAUCAAGACCAGAUGUGCCGAUGACUCUUACUUGGAGCUGGGAGACAGAAGACGGCAACCUUAAUACCAUAGUGGUACUGUACUCAAAUGGCUCCAUCAGCUGGUCUGGAGACCAGUCCCAUUACCAAGUGCAGGUGGACAACCAGGGUAACAUUGUCAUGUACAGUCUGAAAGUCCUUCGUGCCAGUCACAGAGAAGCAGGGAAGUACCAAUGUACGGUGUCAGUUUUCCUGCAUAACGUUUACAAAAAGCUUCCUGCGUCCCAUUUUGUGGAUGUGAAGGUACUAAAUCCAGAUAGCAAACUUGCCCUAUCUCCCAAUCAGACCAUUGCCCAAAGAAUAAAUACUGACAUACAAAUUUAUUGCAAAGUUACCUCAAGAACAUCAGAGUUUUCACUGUUUGCCGUCACCUGGGAACUUCAAGAAGAUGCUGGAAAUAAGAUCAUUCUGACCUCAGACCGUAAUGGUAUCACUAUGUUUGGAGAACAGAUUGAAGAGAGUCACAGGAAACGGAUCAGCAUGAGGCACACUGAUGGACCUACUUUUGAACUGACUAUUCAGCAAGCCAGAAUUUCAGACAAAGGCAUUUAUUUGUGCAAAGUGGUGGAGUACCUACAAGAUCCCUGGGGAGAAUGGUAUUCACUCUCAGAUAAACAUUCGCACACAGAGGUUGAUGUCAUUGAACUAGAAAAAAAAUUGUCCAUUGAAACAAAAGACGCAGAGAUGAACAUAAGCAUUGCGGAGGAUUUCUCCAUUCCCUGUUACAUCACCCAACAAUCCACCAAUGAAUCCCAGUUCCAGGUCACAUGGUUUUGGCAACAAGGCACCGAAGUUAAAACCAUAUUUACAGCUUACAGAAAUUCCACCUUACAAGCCAGGGAUAAGAAUGUCGUAAGAUAUGAUCGCCCCUCCCCUCACCAAUUUAACCUCACAGUUUUAAAAUCUAAUUCGGAAAGCGACGGCAUAUAUUUCUGUGAGGUAGAGGAGUGGAUUCACGCUCCUGGUGACAAGUGGAUGAAGCAUGCAGUGGAAAAGUCUGGAAAUUUGAACGUGACAGUAGAUGCAGAGGGGCAAGCCAAAGCUGUGACUGAUCUGACAUGGCAAGCCGGUACUUGGAUACCAAUAUAUGUAGUAACUGUCUCAAUCGGUUUAUGCGUCAUAACAAUUCUGGCGUACAAGCUGUGCAAGAAAAAUACUUCAGGAGGAAAGAACUCAGGUCCAUCUCUCUGGACAGAACAGGUCCCCCUGGACCCACACGCUUAGUGAAACUAAGUGAAUCAGUGAAGCAGAGUGAUGUAUAGAAAAAUAAAUAUCUUAUUAAGUCUAAGAAGUAUAUGAAAAAAGUUUUAAAAUGUACUUGUUUUUUUUUUUUGUUUUUUUUUGUAUUUUGAACAUUUUUUUUAAUUUUUUAUUAAAUGUUAUGAAUGUUAGAGAAAAAAAAAGUUACUAUCUAUGCUGGUGGGAAUGUCUUAGCUUUUAUGAAUAAUUAACAUUUGUUGCUACUCUGAAAUGAAACAAGCAUUUCUCAGACUGGAGCUAAAGUCUCUACGCACUCAUUUUGUCUGUUUGAAACGAAGUUGAGGUAGGCAGCAGAUUUUGUUUGUGGUUGUGCAGCUUUGAAAAGACUCUUAUUUUAUGUUACAAAGUGUUGAAACUAUGAUUUUUUUUUGAGGGGUCAUCUGAAGCUUUGCAUGUCCAGAACAGCAGCAUGUCAUAAAAUGUGGUAAGAUUUGAAACCUUUGCAAAAAAAAAGGAAGAAGCGGAAGCUUUCUGUGGUUGUGCACAUGAUUGUAAGCGGUGUUUGUGACAGACGAUCUCACAAUCUGUAAAUCUUUUUCCUUUUUUUUUUUUGAGAAAGACACAGGCUUGCAGUGCAGAGUUGGUUAAAACCUGCAUGUGUGCAUGUUAUGCUUCUCUCAUUUUGCAACUCUGAUGAGCAAAUCUGAUGAUGUUAACAUUUCUCAUGCGAGUCAUUCAGCUUGCAUAAGAAAGCUGUUCCUCAGCUGAGUUGCUGAGAAACCAAGUGGGUGUUUGUUUAACCUGUUUUUUGUGUCAAUGACUUAAUUUAAUAUUUAAUUUUUUUUUCUAAUAAAAGUUCUUAAAUUGACAUAGCAUAGUUUUCAGAUCCUUGUUGGUUUAACACAACUCCCCCCACAAACAGCAGUUUCUGUCAAAAUAGCCAACAUUUGCAGGUGCCUCUAAGUUCCUCCAUGCAUGGUAAGUCAGCAUGCUUCUGUUACAGUACUAUUUUAAAAAAAACUACACAAAUGAGAUCAUAAUAUCUGAUUUUUUAUUUUUUUAGUGGACUCAUGUCACAUUAUUACUACAGUGUUAUUAUAAGUCUGCCUAAAUGUCACUCCGACAGCUUCAGUUGAUCAAGAAUGUUUCUAUUCAUGUUCUUACUAAAACCCGGAAGACAGAGAAGAUCACCCCAGUUUUUAGGUUCUUACAGUGGCUCCCCAUAGCUCCAAGAACAAAUACUUUUACUAGAUUAUAAAUCACUCAAUAAAUAUCACCAAAAUACAUUAAAGAUCUGUAGCUAUUGUUGAAUCUGAAGAGGAAUAAAAUUAUAUUAAUUAAUAAUUAUGUUGUCUGGCAGUUUUGCACUACAGCAUGUUUUUAGCAAGAUCAAAUGUACUGGGACACUGAUCUCUAUACUGAUCUGGAAAGCCAGGAAGGAAUUCAGAUGUUUAGAGAUGUGGAAAUAACAAAUUGCUUAAUUGCUGUUAAUAGCCAAAUCUUGAGAGGUUCCAGUUGGACAGUUCUGGAAAACUCAUAGGGUCGCAGCCAAGAGAUCUGCAUCAACCAAAGGGCAAACUUUGGAGAAUUGUGACAUAGAAAUAAAUGGACAGAUUUGAGUGUAGUGCACCCUACACGUGCGAGUUGUCCGUGAGAGUUGAAGGUUGCUGUGUUGUUUGUUACUUGCCACUUUUUCAAUCCCCAAUGUAUCAUCCUUUAAGACCACCACUCAGGUCUUCUGAUUGAAGUCUACUCUACAUCCUAAUAACCAGAACAAAACAUUGAGAAGUAACAUUUAGUUUUUAUGCUCUGUAAAACUGGAACAAACUUCCAGAAAACUGCAAAACAUACAAAACACUGAUUUCAUUUAAAUCAAGGAUAAAAUCCCACAGGUUUAGGAGUGUUUUUAAGCAAACGGAACAUUGAUCAACAUGUCUGAUUCAUAUUUCCUUGAUCAUUUUCAUGAAGGCAUUUCACAACAUGUUACAUUUAUUGCUUUGUUUCAUAAUUGGUCAAUGUGUAAUGUUUUUAAGAUGUAAUGGACUUUGAACUGCCUUGUUACUGAAAACUGUUAAACAAAUAAACUUGAUUUGAAAAAGA